AUGCCACGAGUAGGGCCAAAAGUAUUUCAGAUCAUCAAGUUUGCAUAUCACGGAUGUACAAAUAGACAGUUCUUUCAUAUUGUCUUGUUAGAUAAUAAGUCACCACUGAACGCUACACCAUAUGAGCAGCUCGGGACCUUUGACCCCUUGCCAAAUAUAUACAAUGAAAAACUUGUAUCUCUUGAUGUUGAACGCAUCAAAUAUCAUAUUGCACAAGGUGUUGCUCUAAGUAGGCCGGUGGAAAAACUGCUAGGGCUUGCUGGAUUGUUGCCUGUACAUCCAAUGAGUUAUAUCACAGCCAAACGCAACAGGAAGAAGUUACAAGCAGAGGCUGCAGCCCAAAGUGAAGACAAGAACUCAGAUCAUGAUGAGCAGUCUUGA